GUGCAGCGUUUCAGCGCUACAGAGGAAGAAGAAGAGGCGCAGCUGUACCUGCCUCUGGGUCCGAUCCAGUCGGUCGUCAUUGAUCGGAACCAGAACCCAGAAUGAAUGAAGACCUGCGGGCCGAGCUGCAGGACUUCCUGCGGAAGCUGAACAUCCAGACCAGCUGCGUGGAGCAUCCUCCGGUGUUCACGGUGGAGGAGAUGAUGCCUCACCUGCAGGACGUGAGCGGCGCCGUCACCAAGAACCUCUUCCUGAAGGACAAGAAGAAGAAAGGCCUGUGGCUAGUGUCGGCUCGCCACGACCGCCAGGUGAACCUGAAUGAUCUGGCCAAGAAGCUUGGCAUCGGCAGCGGCAACCUGCGCUUCGCCGACGAGGCCGCCAUGAUGGAGAAACUCAAGGUGGGUCAGGGCUGCGCCUCGGCGCUGGCGCUGCUGUUCGACUCGGACCGGAGCGUCCGGCUGGUUCUGGACCGGGACCUGCUGGACGGCGGCCAUCAGCUGGUCUACUUCCACCCCAUGACCAACAGCGCCACCAUGGGGCUGCGGCCGCAGGACCUGCUGCGCUUCCUCAGGGAGACGGGUCACGAACCCGUCCUGGAGAUCUUCGACUAGCAACCACCCAGUUCUGGUUCUGGACCCGGUAUUGGUUCUGGACUAGAACUUUUGUCUUUCUGAACCUGAGCUUCAGGUUGGGAGUUGGAGGGAACAGAACUUUUUAACACGACUCCUGAUGGUUUUAGUUUGGUUCUAAGAACUUCAGCCUGAGGUCCAGAAACCCGACCUCCAGGUUCUGAUUCUGGUUCUGGUUCCGUCUUCGGUCUCGUUCUGUCUCUGGUUGUCAACAAUCUUGUAGAUAAAUGUCCAGUUUUUAUUAAAACCCAUCCACAACGACGAUCCGUCCGCAGAACCCGAUUAAAACCCAAACUGAAGCAAAAUGCUUGAUGGAAGAUUCCUCCUUCGGACUCGGAACCGAGCUCCGGGUCCAGAACUCGGUCCAGGUUCUACUAGAACAUCCAGAAAGAUGAAAAUAUUUCAUAAAGGUUCAGAAAGUUUAGGUAAACCCAGAGUAUCUGCUGCUGAUUCAACCAGCGCUGUGAACUGCAGCUCCCCCUGCUGGUGUCAGUGAGGUACUGCAUGCUGGUCCUAUUAUUAAUCUGAAUUAAUCAUUAAUCAUUUCUCUAAUAUUUGAGUCAAACAUGUUUAUAAAACAUGCAGCAGAAAUUCUGAUUUAAUGUAAUUACAGUUCUGUUUUUACUGAACAAAAACCCAAAGAGUGAAGAAACAAACUCAUUUAUCAUAAAUUUACAGAAACAAAUUUAAAAAACAAAUUAAUUCAAUAAAAAAAGAUAUUUAUCCCAAAGGAAACUUAAAUGUUGCCAUAACUCUGCUGACAUGCUAACAGCUAACAUCCAGGCAGCAGUAACAUUAGCAGAGCCGUUAGCAUCUCUGCUAAUCCACCUCCUUUGCUUUUGCUUUCCCUAGCUAAAUCUCACUGAUCAUCUGGUUAGAAGGAUGUUGGAGUAGGGGAUAAGAUGAACUUCCUCCUCCUCUCUCUGCAUCGUCUCCUCUGGGGUCAAAGGUCAGCCACUAUUGGGGCUUUUGAGAUUCUAAUCAACGUGCUAAAAAACCUGUUGCCAUGGUUACGCAUCAUGGCAGCAGUCUGAAUGUAAAGAGUGAAAAUCCUUCCAGCUGCUCAGCAUCCAGAACCAAAGAGAAGAACGGUCCAGAACCAGCAGAACCGAUCCACCGGGGGCGCUGUUCUGGAAAGACCAGACAGGAAACAAAAUGACCUGAUUUAAUAAAGUUUAGUGAACCGUAAACUUGGUUAUAAGAUAAGAGAGAAUGAUGCUGAAUCAGUCAGAAUCUGGUUCUGAUGAGGCCCGUUUAGAUUACAGCAAAAACUUUAAACAGGUUUUAAACUCACAUCUAUUAAAAGGUUCGGAUUUUAUUAACUGGAAGCAGAAAAUCAAUCAAUAGAAAUAAAUCAGUUUUUAAUCUA